CAGUAAAGAGUUGUGUGGUAGAAGUGUGUAGAAGGGUAUCGUAGAGGACUGCCCUACAGUUUCUCUCUCAGUAUUGGAUAGUUCUCAGUUAGCUAUCAGUUCGCGCAGUGGAUUAAUUCAGUCAAAUAUAUUGUUUGGAUAUUUCUAGCUGUUUAAAUACAGCUUUUCUGAGUAUUCUAUUUAUUGAGAAGUAUUUAAUUAACUAAUUUACAAACCAAUUAUUCAAAUGUUUUUGAAUUGUGUUCGGUCGUAUUGUACAAAGGAUUGAAAUGUAAACUAAAGGAUAAAUAUAACGACGUUGGACUAAUAGUUGAAAUGACUAUUGUAUGGUAUAUAAUAAUAAUGUUAGAGGAUUUAUUUUAGGAGAUUAAAGUUGGAGUUAAGUGGAUUACAGAAUCAGUAUCUUGCAUCAAAUCUCUACUCCGGAUAGAUGUCCAGUUAGAUAUGGUUGACAGGAUUAUUUGAUCAAAAUGUUCAGAUUUAGAUAACAUAGACAAAAUCCUCCAGUUUUAGCAGAAAAUCUUGGCUAUAUUGAAACGAUAUUUUCUUAAUGUUGUUGUUAUACUGAGUUUAACAUUGGGCAGUGAUGGAUUGAUGUCAAUGAUAAAAUGUUCAUUUGAGCUGUUCAAAAAAUAGUACCUUUGUUUUCAUUAAGGUUAACAAUUUAGAGAUAUUUUGUAUAGGUACAUUGUUUUGAUUUUCUCAUUGUUAAUGGUGGAUUGGUAGAUUGUUUAUGGGAACAGGAAUGACAAAUGCUGAGUUUUUGUGAUAUAAAAGAUAAACGGGGAAGAUAGAAAAAAUAUGUAAAACGGGAGUACGGUCUCGGGAGACGAGUUGCUUGGGAUAAAUUUAUGCAAUGUGUGCACAAAGGAAAGUAUGCGUAAAGAAAGAACAAACAAUGAGAACAAUGAAGGAAAUAUACAGAAUUCAGCUGUUAACAUUAACUUUUUUUGUGUUUUGUGCAAUUUUUGGAGUAACACAGGGUGUAUCUACAGAAAUCACAGAAGAAAAAGAAGGUGAUUUUGGCUUUGAUGGAAGAGCAGGGCUUCUUGGUGGACCAGAAUUUCUACAGGAACCAGAUGAAAAUUAUUAUGUCACUAAAAAUAAACCAGCAACUAUAACAUGUAUAGCUUCAGGAGCUAAAGUAAUAUCAUUUCAAUGUGCCACUGUUUGGAUUAAAGAGCACCAACAAACAACAUUCAUGUCAACUGACCCUCUGACACUAAAAGACAUAGUACAGACAAGUAUAACAGUGACCAAAGAUGAUGUUGAGGAUUAUUUCGGAUCUGAGGGGUAUUGGUGUGAAUGCUACGCAUCUGAUCAAGAAACGGAAAAUUCUGGUGCCAUCACUAAGAAGAGCAAAAAACGUGGACAUGUUGAAGUUGCAUACUUGCGGAAAACAUUUGCUGAUCCACCACAUGGAGCCCGUGUAGAAUUGAAGGGUCAAACUUUACUAAGAUGCCUACCACCAGAUGGAAAACCAUUACCAGAGGUGUAUUGGUUAAAGAAUGGACAAGAGAUUGAUGUACAGAGUGACUUCAACUUCAUUAUUGCCAGUGAGGGUAACUUGAUCAUCAACCAAGCCCGACUGAGUGAUGCUGGCAACUACACAUGUGGUGCUCGGAACAUGGUUAAAUUUGUCCAUAGCAGAACAGUACCCCUUGUUGUCUUUGUAAAUGGUGGAUGGUCCACAUGGUCACAAUGGACGUCAUGCUCGGCGUCAUGUGGGCGUGGCAUCAUGAGGCGUCAGAGAUCAUGCAGUAAUCCGACACCCAAAGGUAGCGGAGAUGAUUGUCCUGGGGAAUCUGUCCAGAGAGAAUCUUGUACUUCUAUAUGUCCAGUGGAUGGUUUAUGGAGUCACUGGUCUUCUUGGUCAACUUGUAACACAGACUGUAUACAUCAUCGCCGUAGAGCCUGUGAUAAACCGUCUCCGGCCAAUGGUGGUACUUACUGUCAUGGAAACGACCUUGACACACAGAAUUGCACAAAUGGAAUGUGUAGAGAUACACAUGGGGCUAUUAAACUCAAUGAGAACAAGGAUGUUCCCCCAGCAACAACAAAAGUUGCUGAUACAAUAGAUACCACAGCAACAAAAGAUAAUUCCUAUUCUAAAGUUUUAUCAAGACCUGGUGGCGCAAGUGAUACUGAACCAUCAAGACAAGAAGAAGCUUCUGAAGCGGAGAAUAAUGAAAACAUCACAACAUAUAUCGCCCUGUGUGUGGCUAUAGCUGUGUUCAUCAUCGUCAUCGUUGUCAUCAUCAUUAUAGUCAGGCGAAGGAAUAAUCAUCAUCAAAACAUGAAUGAUAGAGAACAUUUACCUAAUGGAAAUAUUCAUGGACAUUUGCAUACCCAUGAUGAAAAGAAAAUGAAAACUGAGACAUUGUUGUCGGCCUAUCAACCUGAUUUGACACAAGUUACAGUUCCACCUCCGUCUACGCCACUAGAUCAUCCAAACAAUAAUCACAUGCAACGUGUCAACUCAUAUGAUAAAAUGCCACCUACAUAUGCAGAAAUCAAAGAAAAUAGACUCAGUGCACAGAUGGGAAAUGGACUUCCUAAUGGUGUUAAAAUCAUAGAACCUACACCAAAUAAUAUGUUGACACAUAACUCCUCAAUGGAUCAGUUAGCAAGAAAAAAUGAUAAAAACAAUAUGGUGAUUGUGAACCCGGUAAAUACCGGUGAUCCUCGCUGCAAUGAAAGUGAAAAUCUUAGAGACAGUCGUGGUUCACUGAAUUCUGUCGAGUUGCCAAGUCAUAUAGACACUGACGCUGUGACGUGGAGUACAUUUGAUCAUAGGGGUGGCAGGUUGAUGUUGCCAGAGUCCGGAGUGACCCUGCUCAUACCAGAAGGGGCCAUUUGUAGGGGGAAAACUGAGGAGAUUUAUAUGGCUGUCUGUAGAGAUGACAAAGAUAGACCAAAAUUAUCAGAAAAACAGACGAUACUAAGUCCAAUAGUUUUAUGCGGUCCAACGGGGAUGAUGUUGCAGAAGCCUGUUGUGUUAUCAGUACAACAUUGUGCUAGUAUGAGGCAGGGAGGCUGGAAACUCUCCAUCUGCUCCAGUAGUACACCGCUGGAGGAACCACCACAGUGGCAGGUACAACAUGAUUAUUUGGCUGUCACCUUGGGUCAGGAAACAAUUAACACACAAAUCUACACACAAAUAGAUGCUACACAUUGUCAUCUUAUGACAGAAUAUUUACAACGGUAUGCUCUAAUAGGUGAGCCUGUAGCACAGGGUCGUGCUGUCAAGAUUCUGAGACUGGCUGCUUUCGCACCUUCACUACCUCCAUCAAUGGAUUUCAGCAUCCGGGUCUAUGUUGUAGAAGACACACCAGAUGCAUUAGAGGGAGUUAUGCAAGUAGAGCGACGUCUAGGUGGCCGGUUGUUAGACAAACCAAAGCAGAUUCCAUUCCAAGAUGGUGGACAUAACCUUUGUUUGACAAUAGAAGAUCUUGGCAAUGGUUGGAGAAGUAAACUUGCUGCUAACUAUCAGGAGAUACCUUUCCGACACAUUUGGAGUGGGAACCAGAACAAUCUGCAUUGUUCGUUCUCGCUGGAGAUGGUUGAACGUGUACAGGAUGUUAUACGUUGUAAGAUUCAGGUCUAUCAGAAAGCUAUCCUCAGUAAUAGACAAGUGCUCAAAAUCAACACUAACUUUAAAGAGCCUCCUACGUGCUCUAGCCCAGUUGCAAAUACACUAAAAGGUCGGUCCUCCACUGUCACCUCGGCAACAAACUCGAGUUCUGGUGUAAGUUCAGUGAUAAAUGUUGACACAUCAACUGCGGCCUCACGUUUGCCAUCACAUAUAAGGAAUCAGCUGUGUGUGUUGUUAGAUACACCUUGUGCUAGAGGCAAUGACUGGAGAAUGCUUGCACAGGCAUUAACUGUAGAUAGGUAUAUAAAUUAUUUUGCAACAAAAACGUCUCCGACAGAACAUAUAUUGGACUUAUGGGAAGCAAUACAUCGAGAAGACACUGCAGUCACUGACUUAAUGAAUAUCUUACGUGUUAUGGGACGCUUAGAUGCUGCCGCAGUUCUAGAAAAAGAUAUCGGCUCAUGGUUAUGAACCACAAGUGGUCUAUUUGACAGAGUAUAGUGAAAAAAUAAAGUGAGCAAUUCACUCUAAAAAUAGUUUAUAGUAUGCUAAAUAAGAAAGGUGUUGUAAUGGUCAGAAUUGUGUCCCUUCAUUUAACUCUGCUGUGAAUGAUGGAGGGCGAUAUAGUCUGCUUGAAAUAUAACAGUAGUAUUGCUUCUUGUCAAUACUGGAGGUUAAAAGUAGGUGCUUCUCACCUUGAAGUUAGACAAUAUAAAUAGUGCUUUCUGGUGAAGUCAAACUCCAAAUAAAAAUUAGUGAACAGAACUAAAAAAAAAAAGAGUUUUCUCAAAUGUUUUCCUCAGAUGGUGAAGCCAAAAAGGUAGACUAAGUGAACUUGUCGGAGAAAUGAUCAAUAAAAACAUACGUAUGUGUGGACCUAUUCUUACCAUAGUGUUAUAUGUCUGACAUGGGAGGAACAAAGGGUGAACUGGAAGAGAAAACCCCAGACAAAAGACUGGUUCUAUGCAAAGUGUGAUAUCUGCAAUAUAAAAUCACAUCUUGUUAGAGAAAACUGCUGACUAAUGUGUCAAUAUGUGGAUCUGAUGUUGUGUGGGAACAGCUUAAAGCUGUGUUGCACGACAUGUUUUAUUUACAAUUUAUAUUAUGUAUUGUAAAUGGAUACUUUUUCUUUAAGUCUGUGAUCUAUAAAUACCUAGCAUGAGAAUAUAUAUCCUAUUUUGUAUAGGUACUUUUUUGCGUCAAAUUUAGUCCAAUGUUGUUUUUUUUAUUCUUCUUUUUUGUAUCAUUUGGAUAUAGUGCUGAGAGUAAAAUCUUAUCAAAAGUGAAGAAAAGGAUUUCACAGGGCAUUGUGUCAUAUUUGAAUAAAGCUUAAUAUGCUUAAAUCUCUCUUUUUUUUUGUUGAGUGCAAAUUUCUUAUUCAAAUUCAGGUUCAAAUAAGUAAAAAAACUAAAUACAGAAUAACAUCUGUGUUUUAAUUUUAAGCAUGAACAAGAUUUUAAGAUCUGGACAACACAGUGCAAAGAGUACAUGGUUGCUAUGCAUGUCUAAGAACUACUUUUACCUGUAGCUCAUUAAUAUGCAAAGCUUGUGAACAUUUUAUACAUGUAGGGAGAAAUAUUUUACCUGCUUACUAUGCAUAUAUGAUCAUAUGCAAGUUUGGAAUUCACAAAAAUGAUAUAUUGUGCUUAAAAACAGAAAUAAAAUGUGCUUACAUAGUAGUUAAAAUGCUAAUUUGCAUUUGAUGCAGCGGGAAUAAAUUCUGUUGUUCUUAUAUCUAUGUAUUAUUAGUUUUAUUAUUUUUUUUGGCAUUUUUAAGAGGCAGGAAGCUUGCUGUUGGAAUUAGAUUGACAUUAUAUCAUUUAACUAGGAGAAAUCAUGAAAUCUACUACACUUGUUAAGAAUGUGUUCAAGACGUGAAAUAUGAUACUGUUUUUGGAAGUUACCAUAGUUACUGUUUAUGAUUAUUUAAUGAUACAUAGUUAUAUUGUUUUUUAUUUAAAAUUUGUUAUUUGUGCACUUGUAAAUAUGUAUAUAGAACUAUUGAUGUAUAUAGAAAACAAAUUCGCGCAAGGAAAUAUCAUAUGCAAAGGUAGCUAAAUCUUGCUUGUUCUAAUUGUAAUGACUUGUAGGAUUAGUUUCCCUUAGUUUGAAGAGAAACAAAAAAAAUAAUACUUAACUUGAACUAUACUGUUUACUAUCCAGAUAUCUUAUGUUCUAGUCAUUGCAUUAGAAUAGAUAGUCAUUGAUUAUCUUUUAUAUAAAUCAUUACUAUGAUAGGAACAGAAAUUUAUCCAAUUAUAUUGUAGUAAGAGAACUACAUAGACAGUGAGUCAGAACUGACUGAACUUUACACAGAAUGUGUUUGUCCACAGUAAUAUAAUCAGACACCCGAUUUACUAUAUUACUAUAUAUCCAAACAUUAUUAUGCAAAUUCAUUCUACUACAAAAAAUGUUUAUCUUCUUUGGAGAAAAAGGUAGUUAAUUAAUGAAAGAAAAAUAUACUAAGAAAUAAAAAAAAGGUUAAAUAAUCAGUGACUGAAUUAGAAUAUUUGCAAGGUCAGUGGACGCUCUCUUUUAUACUGCAUUGGUGCUAACUACAGUUAUUCAUACCAUCACUUCACACUUCAUACAAAUCUAUUUUACCGGAAGCCACAUUACUUUCCACAAGCUUGCAUUUUGUAUGUACUCAUCUCAUGUUAUAUAUAUAUAUAAUCAAAGGCUUUAAGAAUUGGAACAGGAAAUAGUCAAUGCUGAAAUCAAAAUACAUGUUACAAUCUUCCAUAGUAGAAUCACCUAUAUAUGAAUAAUGUGCCAUUUGUGAACAGUUUUUGUUUUUAUUUGGCUAGUGUGAGUAGUAUCACGUUUUUAGCUAUUACUAUUGUAUCCUUGUAUAAAGAAAUCUUUGAGAAAAAAAGAUAAGAAAAUAAGGAAAAACCAAUAUUUGGCAUUUUCAUUGAAUUUUAGAUAAAGUAUUUAGACAUUCAUGGGACAAAGAAGCUUGUGCCUACUUUUGGAUAAUGUGAAGUGAUUAUAAUUCAGUUUAAGUUGUUUUUCAUCGACAUUAAAAGGACAGUGCAGAAUUAAUUAAUAAUUCACCUCACAUACUUUUUUUUCUGUUUAUUAAGAAGUCCAGGACAUUAGAGAUUAGUUUUGCUUAUCUUCUAUAUAUCUAACAUUGAAAGUUGAAUCUCUAAACUCUGCAGUGUAUGUACUUGGGUCAAAAUGCAGUCAAUGUAAAUAUAGAAUUUGAUUGACGGACAUUCCUGAUAUAUUUAAAGCUAUUUUCGGUUUAACAGAGCAAGAUGAACAGCUGUGAUUACCCUAGGUCAAAUUGAUUUUCAACCCACUGAAACCAAAAUAUCACAAGUUAUAAACCUGUUUUGUUUUCUUUUGUUUUCAAGUUUGUGUUAGUUUUGAGUUAAUUUCAUUUUUGUUUUAAUUAGACAAAACCAAUAUGUUGGUGAAUACUAUAUCAUCUGAAAAAUUCUUAAAUCAUCAGAGAUAUUUACUUGUAUCUUUCAUUUAAUCUUUUGACAAUGACUAAAGUAAUAUUAUUUUACCUUUUAGUUAAGAUUAUUCAUCUGGCAAUGUUUUUAAAGAAUGACAAUAAUACUUUUAAAUUUCACUGGUGCUUUCAUGUCUGUAUUUUUGCUUUCUAUGCUUAAACAUUCUCAUUCUCAAGUUCUUUACUGCAAUGCUGUCAUUGGUUAUUUUUUAGCCAAUCAGAGUGCAGAGUUUUGGACUGGUUCAGAUUAGGAAUUAAGCAAGUCAUUGUCUCAUAUACAUGUAAGUCAUUAUUGGAACAGUGUUCCAUUACAUGACCCCCUAUUCACCACUGCCAAAUUAUCACAGAGAGAAAGUAACUGUGCUGGUAGAUAAUUUACUAAAAUUAAUAUACCGUAUUUAUGAUUGUUAUUUCAAAUGUGAGCACAUUGUGAGCAAAGAAAAACAAAAUAUAAAACUUGGUAAUGCAGGUGAUAGAUAUACAGAUUUACAUUGUUUUCAACAAAACAGAUUACAUGAAAAUAUUCUUAUGAUUAGACUGUUGUAAGUAAUUUGGCAGUACAGUUUUAGCUUUUCUUAUUACUUAUCCAUAUUUGUAUUGAUGCAGAAAUUUCCAUUUGAAUUUGUAUGAAUGACAUUUUAUUCUUAUUUAUGUUUGUAAAUAAUGAAAACUACAAAUUAAAAAAAUAUGUCAAAUCA